UUUGAUACUCUGUGGAUAUGCGAGUGCAAAGGCAGGUUACUGCAAGCAAAUCAACCAUCACCCUUGAUCAUGGCAUCAUCUUACAUAGUAAUCUUUGCGCUUGCAGUUUUAGUUGAGUUGACUACUCGCACAACAACAGCUUUGCCCAAAGUUAAGAUGGAUGGAGAAAAUACAGACCAAGAUAGAGCGGUGUCGACAGAAGGAGAAGAUGACUUAAGUGAAAUGGGACCCGGGCGGCUCAUCUUCAGAAGACAACCCAUCAUAGAGGGCAGACUGGUAGACGAAGAUGGGACAAACCGCAUCUUCAUACUUGCUGACACAGGAAUAAAAGGGUCUCUUGGGAGGGAAACAAACCUUGCCUUUUCGAGAACCUUCCCUGUGCUGCCGCCAAGUGGGAUGGAUCAUAUUCUGGAUGGAUUCAACAUGAGGGAUGAGAGACGUAGCACAGAUAAUGCCAUUCCCAUGGGCAGGAGCGACAUACUGAGGUGCAUGAUAGGGAGAGUAUACAGGCCCUGCUGGCAAGCUUGAAAACAGAGCAGCUGACAAAGCACCUGCAUGAUUUUCCCAGCUCUGAUCCUCCAAGACACUCCUAAUAUAAAAGAUAACAAACAUAC